AUGACAUACACAACUUCGGAGAUCACAGCUCUGCGCAUCUAUCCCAUCAAGUCAUGCCGAGGAAUCUCUCUGAAGUCGGCGAGAUUGACCAGGCAGGGAUUGGAGCUGGAUAGACGAUGGAUGUUCAUUGAUAGCAGCAACAAAUUCAUCACCAUCCGCACAAAACCACAGAUGACAUUGAUCAAUACCGCACUUGAUCACGACUCGGAUAGCCUAGUGAUAACCAUAGGCCACGACACGGCCAAGCAAGUCAAGGUGCCUGUUCACCCUAGUCAGGAGUGGCUCAGUGACAACACCAAAGAAGUUUCGGUCGAUAUCUGGGAGUAUAUCACCGACGCCUAUGCGUACACGGAUCCAAAGAUGUUGGGUCUUUUCCACGAGUUUUUCGGAGAAGAAGUUCGCCUGGUGAUGAAGGGUCCUGAGCCAAGGAUAUGCUCCGGCAAUGGCUCUCCUGACCGACUAGGACGUACAGAAAGCGUCAAUUUUCCGGACGUCCUCCCUAUUCAGAUCGCGUCUGAUUCAUCGCUUGCCGAAUUGAACUCGAGGUUGAAGGAGAAAGGCGAAAGCGAAAUUACCAUUGAGCGGUUUCGCCCAAACAUCAUAAUCAAAGGUGGAGAGCCAUGGUCCGAAGACUCAUGGAAGAAAGUGCGAAUCAACGGCGACUCUUCGUACUGGACUACACUCACAGGCGGCAACUUACAUGCCAUUGACGUUGAUGUGGUCGCGAGAUGUGCUCGCUGCACGGUACCCAAUGUCGAUCCCGAUACCGCAGAGAAGGAUGCCCACCAGCCUUGGGAUCUGUUGGAAAAACGCUACCGGUCGAUGCAAGAACACAUUCGACGCGCCCAUCCAGAUCACUAUAUUCCCAAGUUGCCUGCUACAGAGGAGAGUUUCCAGUUGAUGAUCAGCACUCCUCCCUCGCAACGCCCACAUGUCCAACCAACUGCCACCCUUCCUGCCCUAAAAGGCUCGUCGGUUACCGGUGGACUCUUUGAACAACCCGGAGCAGGGACCAUGACUGCGCAACCCCCUGCGGCUGCCAAUGCUGCUGUUGCCCUCACGCAACUCCACAAUUGGGAUUCCGAUUUUGAUGUUUUCCCAGACUCAGAUUACAAGCGCGAGACGUCGGGUCUCGAACUGCCCUCGUUACGCGCCCAAUUUCAUGAAGAUACCCUGCCACCGUUCCAGCCUACCCGGCCACGCGAACUAUUACCAUCCAUUCUACAGUCCCCUGGUAGUCGAUAUUCAUCAUUACCACCUAUCCAACGACGUGGCGAGAGACUUCCGCGACCCCGAAAACCGUCAAUGGGUCAAAAUGCGCGCAAGAGCAAGCACGAGCGCGGAAAAUCUAGGGAAUUUUCGGCCAAGGAUUUCUCCCGACGCCUGAGCGUUGAAGGCCGAAAAGCAAUGUCUGCCGAACCACCCACAGCGGCGUGGGUUCAAGGCAAGAGAUGGGAAGAUCUGAUCGAGGCUGCCACGAGUGCUACUGAGGCUGAUGAUGAUCGUGAUCUCACUCCCAUGCCGCAGUCGCCAAACUUUCCGCCCUCUACGACGGCUGCCGCCACCGCUGCUGGCACGGGCAUCGCGCCCACCACCACUACCACGACCGCUCGUAGAUUGUCCGCCGCGGACAGCAUAUCGACCAGUGGGGAUGUCAACAAGCGUUCAUCGCUACCCCCGGGCUUCCGUCCUUUUGGUCAUCACCUGCACCACCACCAAGCUGGGCGAUAUAAUGCCUCUCCGCUGCAGCGCACCCUGACUCCACCGCCACCAGAUGUCCUGGGACCCAAUGAUCCUGAGCCAUUCCCUUCAGUCGAGUCCUUAGAGAGCGCGGGAUCCGGUCAGAAUUUCCACAUUUCAGGUUCCGGCCUCCCUACAUCGGCAUCAUCCAACGAUAACACUAGCCCCCUACAGCACCAUUCACAUCCUUACCAGCACUCACAAUCAUCCUCCUUUGGCAGCAAAUCGGAUGUAUUGGAGAUUUACUGCGCGUCCUGCAGUCGGCCGUGGCUACUGAAAAAUGCAUUCGCCUGCACCGAGUGUAUCUGUGGCGUCUGCAGUGAUUGUGUUGGACAGAUCAUCAGCAGUCCUGUAGUGACGGUCCAACCAGGACUCGCACCGAUGCGCCGCGGAUGCCCCCGCUGCGGAGUCAUGGGCGGACGCUGGAAGAGGUUCAACAUUGACAUUCGCUGA